UGUCCCAUCGCUUUCUCCCUCACACACAAAGUCACAAGUGACAAUCUCCCAGCAUUUAUACAGUCCCAAAAUCAUUCUAAUUUAGCCCAUCGAGUUUCUCAUCCUCAUUUCUGCUUUCUCUUCAAUCUUGAUGGCUCUCUUUCUCUCACUUCUUCUCAUUCUUUUGUUUCCUUCAACCAAUGCGGACUGGCCACCUUCUCCUGGUUACUGGCCAAGCUCUAAAUUUAGGCCUAUGAGCUUUCACAAAGGCUUUAAAAAUCUCUGGGGUCCUUCCCAUCAAAGUGUUAACCACAAUGCAUUAACCAUCUGGCUUGACAAAACUUCAGGAAGUGGAUUCAAGUCAGUUCGUCCAUUUCGAUCCGGUUACUUCAGUGCCUCGAUUAAGGUCCAACCCGGUUACACUGCAGGGGUUAUAACAGCAUUCUAUCUAUCAAACAACGAAGCUCAUCCGGGGUUCCAUGAUGAAGUGGACAUAGAGUUCCUUGGAACAACAUUUGGGAAGCCUUAUACUUUACAAACCAAUGUUUAUGUCAGAGGGAGUGGGGAUGGGAAAAUCAUUGGAAGGGAAAUGAAGUUUCAUCUUUGGUUUGAUCCAACACAAGACUUUCAUCACUAUGCCAUUCUUUGGACUCCUAAGGAGAUCAUAUUCCUAGUGGAUGAUGUGCCCAUAAGGAGGUAUCCAAGGAAGAGUGCUGCAACAUUUCCUCUAAGGCCAAUGUGGGUGUAUGGUUCAAUAUGGGAUGCUUCAUCAUGGGCAACUGAAGAUGGAAAGUACAAAGCUGAUUACAAAUACCAACCAUUUGUAGCAAAGUACACCAAUUUCAAAGCAAGUGGUUGCUCUGCCUAUGCUCCAGCUUGGUGCCACCCGGUUUCUGCCUCGCUUUUCCGGUCGGGCGGGUUAACAAGGCAACAACGUAGAGCAAUGAGAUGGGUUCAAAGAUACCAUAUGGUUUAUAACUACUGCAGGGACCCCAAGAGGAACCAUGCCUUAACCCCGGAGUGUCGGAGCUAGUUAAAUUUAAGAAGAUGAGUUUACUAAAAAAUUUGCACUUCCUUUUUGUGAAAAGAAUUCCACUAUUUGUUUGAGAUGGAUCCCACUUGGCAACCCUCGCAUUUUUCUUCUUUAUUAUAAAAAAUUGUGAUUGAAUUUGAGUGUCUGAAAA